AUGUCUCUUAUGCUCUGUUUUCGACAGCUCACCCGUUUCUACAUCAAGACUAGUCGACCGUUCGCCUGGGAAGAUGUCGUGGUUCUUGCUGCCUAUGUCAGUUCACGUGAUCCUGUCCUCGGCCAAGCGUUUACCUUUAGACAGUGCUUCGGCCUUGGGGAAUCCGUGCUCAAGGUCCUACCAGCAAGCACCAUGUUCGGGAGAGAAAUCACUACGCUAUCUGCAAUUGAGCUAAGCUCUGGCAUCAAGAUAGGAUACGCCAGGGAUCUCCUGUUCAUCGUCUGCCUUGGAUUUUCGAAACUAUCCGUUUAUGCGAAUCUCCUUGCACUAUCACCAAGCUCGAUCCACCAAUGA